AUGUCUCUAGAAACCGGCAACCGCGGGAAGUGUGAGCGCAUCCUUGAGCGUGACCCAAAUGUCACCAUCUUUUUGAAGCCAAUUGCGGCCCCUGCAGCUUUAGGUCUGGCGGGCUUUGCGGGUUCAACUUUCAUCACCUCUACAUACAUUGCACAAUGGUGGGGUAGUGCAAACUCCCCCACAAUCUUCUUCCCAUUCGUAGCUUUCUGGGGUGGACUAGGGCAAUUUAUUGCGGGUUUAUUCGGUUAUGCAGCGAGAGACACGUUGGUCACAGUGAUUCAUGUGCUUUGGGGAAGCUUCUGGAUGAGUGUUGGUGUGCUCUACUUAUUGACUGCUACUGGUUCUCUUCCGCCACAUCCGAUCAAUGUCCACUUUCCAGAACUGGCAUCUUGGAUGGUUGUUCUGACCUUCUUCACAUGGUCUGGGGCUAUUGCCGCCAGCGCGCGUGACCUCGUCCUCUGCGCGGUAUUGACAUUCCUCGCGAUAGGCACCACCAUCGCAUGCUGUCUGUUUGCGUAUGGCUCGGGCGUGGGGACUGGGAUGAAAGCUGCCGCUUAUUUCUGGAUCAUCAGCUCCAUUCUUGCUUGGUGGCGUGUUACCGUUUACCUGAUCGAGGAGGCUUUUGGCAAGAGCUCUAUCGUCAAGUUCUUCCCCAUCGUCCGCACGCCUGCGGAGAAAAGACGCCCUCUUGUUGUUCCUGGUUUCGGCGAGCCUGGUGUCAAGAGAGGUAUGCCAGGAGUUGUGUAA